AUGGAUGGCAAUAUGACUACAGUAAUGGCUUCAGAGAAAGCCCUGAAAGAAGAUGAGUUGGACAAGCAAGGACUUGUACAGGAACAAGAGCAGGAGGAGGAAGAGGAAGAAGGGGAGACCCGUUGUAUAUGUGGCGAACUGGAUCCACCGGAUGGAUCAGGACUAUUCAUUCAGUGUGAAGAGUGCGGGGUAUGGCAGCAUGGCUACUGUGUUGGCAUCACGGAUGGAGUCAGCAAUGCACCUGAUAAGUAUUGGUGUGAACAAUGUAAACCAAACUUACACCAUCUUUAUCUGACUGAUGCUGGUGAGAAUAAGUCUAUAUAUAAGCCUGUUCAGCAGAAAAAAAGACAAUAUCGAAGGAAUGCUAGGUCACAUCUCAAUGGCGAUGUUCCUGAUCAAGAGACAAGUUCAAUGAGUGAAUCGUCCCAGAAAACGAAGAAGGAACAACAUUUGGAAGAUGAUAACGAUACAUCACAGGCAAAUAGAAAGCCCAGAAAGCAUCGCUCACAUGACGAUUCCAACAUAAGCGAGGAUUAUACUCUCAAGGGUGAAAACGAUGACCUGGAUCCACUCACACAAGAAACUUCAAACCCUACUGGCGAGGGGAAUGAUGAUGAAGAGGCAAAAAAAUUACAAGAUAGGAAAAGAGCAACAUUAGUUGAGAGAGAGGAGAAGCAAUAUCAAUGGAUGCUGGAAAAGGCACUAAAGGAAAGCAGGAGAAUAUCAAAUCCAGAGGAAAACAAUCCAGAAGAUCAUGGAGUGACACAAUCCAAUGAUGCUGAAGGUGCAAAAGUGAACUUGGGGGAGCAAUCCAAUGAUGUUUCUCAACGUACAAAUAGUGAACAACCUAUUCCAUCAAAUAAAAUUAUUGGAAAAGAGAGCAAUUCCAAAGAGGAAGAAGAAAAACAAUCUUCAAAAGAAUCUAUUUCACCUUCAGCAUCCACCACUACAAUUUCUUCAUUGGAGGAAAAACCAACACAUACAUUUUCUAAACCAAGAAAGUCUUCUAGGAUUACCAAACCGGGGAGAAGAGGACCAUAUAGAAAUAACCGUAAUAAAACUGCUAAUGACAACAAGACCCAGAAUGAUAUUGACAUAACGAAACCAGUUAAACCAAGGCUACCUCCACAAAGAACCUCACUUAAUGAAAUGAGAAGACGUGUGGCUGCAAUCUUGGAAUUUAUCUCAAGAACACAGUGGGAAUUAAGUCAGGACCAAAAAGGUAGGGAUUAUUUGGUAGAAUUUGUUGAAAAUCAAGAGUACAUCAGUAAAAUUGAUUCCAUUUUCCAAAAUUAUAACACGUCUUUGGCUCUUAUGGAUGAUCUCACAAGACAAUUACUUUUAUGGGAAAAGAAGUAUGCCACUUCGAGCCCUCAAUCCUAG